CAUACAAAUAUAAGGGAUAAUGUGAACUACUUAUAGUGUUAAUAAACAUAUUAUAUUUAAUAGUAAAAUGGGGCGGACGUCUGUGUUGAUAUUUUGGAUUGCAUCAUUAACUGUGAUAUCCCUUUCUGAAGCUGGGAUACCCUUGAACCUUCGCUGCUCAUCAAGACCGACCCUAUCCACCAUCAGCAGGAGUGCAGCUGCACCGUUUCUAUCUGCGGAACCAUGUCUGUCGUUCGUUCCAGGCUUCGUACUUCCGGAGCCAAUAGCUGAUCUAGAUGUUGAUGAAACACCAGAAUCACCAGAAACGGCGUUUAAAACUAUUGUUAUACUUCACAAAGCGCACCGCAACGAUGACAAUAGUAUAAACAUAGUAAUAACAAGAGACGGAAAACAACCGACAGACGAACAAUCAAAUGAAUGUAGUGAAAAUAAUUACAGUGAUGAUGGAAAUAUGACUGAUGAAACUUUAAUGAAUCAAGAUGAAAUCUUGGAUUCAACUAAUAAUGAUGAACCAGUACCUAUUGGUGCGUCUACAGAAGAAUUACCAGUACAAGAUGAUAAAAUGAACCUAGUAGAAAAAGACACUCCAAUAGAUGAAAAUGCAUGUGAUACAUGCAUUUAAUAUAGACAGUUAGUAGAAGUUAAGGAAACAGAAAAUAAUAGUAGUAAAAGUUGAAAUUACGAAAAUAAUAAAAAAAUAUAAAUUAACAAGGAACAAUAAUGUGAAUUUACAGAUUAGAAUGAAAAAGAUGAUAAAAAAGUACCAUUGUAUAACGUAUAGCAAAAAAAAACACAAGAAAAAAAGAUAAAUCGGAUGCAAAAGUAGAAAAAAAGGCAAAUAACUUCUAGGAUAAAAAUUAUUUAAGUAAAAUUAAUUGUAGUUUUUAUUAAUACCUAGAACUGUUUUUUGUAAGACAUUACAAAAAUGAAUAUUUUUUUCUAAUACGUACCAUUAAAACGAAUUGUAAAAUUAGUAAAUAGUAUUAAAAACAGAGUUACCAGAA